UUACAAUCACAACAACUGAAUCAGCGAUCACAUUUACAAUUGAGAUCCGAUUCCACAAUAACGACUACAAAAACUACAAACAAACUAGUUCUAAACUGGUCAAAUAUCGAGCAAGAACUCAUCUUGGCCGAAAAGGGCAAAACUAUUGAAGCAUUUCUUGUAGCAGAUUCAUUUCUUGCUGAAAGGUGUAAAGAUGACCCAUUAAAAUCUUUUCGUCUAAGUGACAAGUAUAACCUUCCUAAAUCAUAUAAAGAAUCGUCAAAACUGAUACUUGACAAUCUCAACGUAUAUCGACGAAAAGACGAGUUCAAAUUUUUAUCAGAACAAGCAAAAAGCGCAUUAUACGAGCGACGUUGGGAAUUCGACCAAGGUCUCAAAGAAAUUUAUAGUUUCGUGAAGCGUGGCAAGUGUGGCUCUUUACGGCAUCAUAAUUGUGGAGGAAUUGUUUCGCGAUUUCAGCAUCACGAGCUCGUUGGAAGAGAAAUAAAAAACCGCAUUAGCGCUGUGCUUGUUAGUCAAAUAACGGCUCCGUCUAAGAUACUUGCUGCCUUGCUGCGUAAUCCAAAACAGCCGAAGCAUCAACAAUCAAACUCCGCAUCUAUGUGUGCAGGGAUUAACGAAUGGAUCGAAAAGAAACUUUUAAAGCAUUGUGGCAAGUUUGAGCCCUUGGAAUGUGAACGAAUUCGAAUUAUUCGGGAUUUUUAUAUUUAUAUUGAAUUGGAUUUAUUAGCUAAAUAA